CCAAUUCUGGUAGUCAUUCUCUAUUCACUCGGCGUCCGCCACCUCCGCAUUCGGUAUAUUCGAUUCAGUUCCCUUGAUAGAGGGUAUUUGUCACCAGUACGAGGUUCGAAGAGAGCCCGGUUCUAUCUGCCCUUUCAAUCCAAAGAGGGCUUAAAUACGGCUUUUAUCUAUCAUUUUCCAUUUGAUUUUUUUUUAUGACACUGGUUUUGCUACGACAUCCUUGGAUUUUUUAUCAACGCCAGAAGCAUUCGCAAAGUCAAUAGGAGGUGUGUGUGUGGAUGCAUUUCGACCCGUCUGUUUACUUGCUUUAACGUUAUCAUACCCCUUUUGGUAAACAAUGUUAAUCGUUUGUGCUGUUCUCCUUAUCAGAUUCUUCCAUUGCUUGGUACCUUAAGACCUCGGGCUUCGUUUGGCUUUCUUGCAGGCGCUUGGAUACCAUCUUGAAAGCCGUUGCUGUUUGGGAUAGGAUCUUAGGUACCUGCGCAGAACCGACUGUCGUUUACGCCCAAUGUCAACCAUGUCGAACUACUAUGUGGGACAGUUCGGACGUACGUUACCUGCCAUCGAUGGCCAGCCGGGUCGUCGAGAGUCCAUCACGCCAGCUAACCCGCCAGUCUCUGGAUCUCACCCAUACCAACUUCCACCACCGCGUGCUUCGGCACCUUUGCAGUUAGGAACUGAUCCCUUCUUGCAUCAGCGAAAUCAGGGAGAGGGAGCCGAUUCUGGUGGGGCACUUUCGAGGCCCUCUCCAGGUCAUCAGCAGACUCCAAACAAACAGCUCCCAUCCGUUAGCCAGUUGUUGACUCCCACUGUGCAUGAAAGCCGACCACCAUCACCCUAUCAUCCCCAUGCAUUCAACUAUGCGCCUCAUAAUGGAGCGACAGAUCCCACGCAUCGGUAUCGUCCUAAGGAGACAGGCCCUGUCUUCGCGACGCCCCGGAGUGACAUCCACGAGAGCGCCAAAUUCCAUUCUGAUCCUAGUCCACAGCUGCAGCCGGGGACCUUGCCCCGCCUCGCUCACAUGUCGCCCCAUGGUUUAGGACAUGAGCCUCACUUUAGCUCUGCAAGCCAAGGCAGCCCUUCUAUUCCACCUUUCGCACCCCCUUCUUAUUCCCCCCAGGGCUUCAGAUCUCAUGAACGGGAUCCAGGAGAUGUGGCUGGCUCAGAGACCUCGGAUUCUGGUAGUGCGACAGCAAACAAGUCCCAGUCCAAUGUCCGACCUCAUGUCAUCGAUGAAAAGUAUAUCGAUGGGGAGGGUUUAUGCUAUAUAUACGCUGAUGGCUCUCAUUGUCCGAAGAUCGUCGAUGGUGUUCCGGUGAACGCCAACUGGGGGAUCACCAAGGCUGGAAAGCCGAGAAAGCGGCUGGCACAGGCGUGUCUAACAUGCAGGGAAAAGAAGAUCAAAUGCCAACCAAACCUUCCUAAAUGCGACCAGUGCCAGAAAUCCGGGCGAGAGUGUAGGUUUGAGAGCGCGCCUCGCGGCCAUCGUGCAGCACUGAAGGCUUCGCAACUGCUAAACCGAUAUGAAAUAAGAGAUGGUUUCACUACGGGUCACAACUAUCCGGGAUCUUCUAGUUCGUUUUACUCGAUGGUUCGGGCAUCGGAGAGCUCAACCUCCCUUCCGGGAACCAGUUCACAGUCACCGGUAUCUGAAGGCGCUGUGCUUACUCCUUCCGCCAUGGAGGGUGUUCAGGAGAAUACGCUAGAAGCCGAGCAUCAACGCAGGCUGCGUGUACAGAGCUUGAGCCGGGUCUCCAUGGGGCCUGAGGAAUUCAGCAAACGCCCUGCCGUCCAUGUAUCGCCGGAUUACAACGAGAUAUUGAUGGAGAUGAAAGAUUUAGAUCAUCAAGAUCCCAUCGCAUGCGACUGGAGCAUCGAUCCAUACGAAGCCGAUCCCGAAUUGACAAUCCAUUAUGUUGAAACCUAUUUUAGCUACAUCAAUGAUCGCUUGUAUUACAUGCUUCCCCGGAAACGUUUCCUUCUGUGGUUGAGGUCAUGCCAUACGAAAUCAUUGGACGAUAAUAUGCUUCUUUAUUCGAUGAUGGCGUUGGGUGCGGUGUUUUCAGAUCGUCCAGAUCGAGUGAUGGCACUAAAAAGGUAUUCGCGCACUGCCCGAUAUGCAGUGGAGCGCAGCCAACAUAGUCUCACGUUGCAACUUGCGCAAAGCCGUAUUAUCAUGUGUCUCUGGUUUUACGCUAUCGGUGCACUCGUGAAGUCGUGGGAUGCAGCAGGUGCAGCCGUCCGAACCGUGUGCGGGUUACGAUAUAAUGUUGAGUCAGGUGGAGUAAUCGUAGACCAAAGCCAACAAACUUGUGAAUACGGUCUACACCCUCAAGCGUUGAUUGAGUGCCGCCGGAGGACAUUCUGGAUUGCAUUUAUGAUGGAUCGCCUGUCCUCCUUCUACACACCCUCCUCGACCUUUAUUUCCUCCCAAUCCGCCUACCUCAGACUCCCUUGCCGAGAAGAAGUCUACGAAGCCCAACAAUAUACUACCGUGCCUUAUUUCCAAAAUUUCUUGAACCAGACACCGGUGUCGCCAGAGGAUGAGCUCUCUGGCAUAAGUGCCAUGGCGCUUUUGAUAGACGUCAUGGCCAUCUGGGGAGAUGUGUCUGAUCAUGUAUUCCGACUAUCAUUGAUACCCGCGGAUGCAUAUCGCAAGCUCUUCGAAGAAUUUCAUUCCUCCAUCGUCCGGCGGUCGGACGAGUUGAUCUCGAAACUUCCAGAUCAUCUUACCUUCACGGCAGUAAAUAUGGAGCGAAGUAUUCGGACAAAGAAGGCAGACACAUUCGUGGAGAUUCACUUGCUGUAUCAUGCAACCUUGAUGAAGCUCAAUCGACAUGCUCGUCACCGUAGCCUGCCUGAAGCAACAAUCGACUGGCACGUACAUACAACUCGGAAUCACGCGGCCGAGAUUCUCCGGAUAUCUCUUACUCUUAUGCGCUAUGCUGCCGAGUACGAACCGUCGCGACUUGCCAUGGAGCCGACCACGGCCAAAGGCACGAUUCUUAGUCCUUACCUAGGCUACGUGAUAGUCUCUGCGGUCGACGUCCUCAGUGCGGGUGGGUUAAUGGUUGAUAUCCCCGAGACCAUCACUCUCAUUCGGGGUGGUCUGGAAACAUUGAAGGAACUGAGCCGUUUCUGGGCUGGAUCUGUGCCUUUAGUAUCAUUGGUCGAAACACGUCUAGACGUGAUGCUAGAGCAUCGCCAUCACCCGAUGAUGUCGGAAGGCAAGGUUGCUUUCAUGGUAACCGGCCCGUCUCUGGAUAGUCAGGUCCGCAGCGGUACCCAAAAGCAAGAACCACCAUCCAACGAAGAUCUCAUGUACGGUGGCUUGCCCCGUGAACGGUUCUUUGCCGCCGUGGGCGCCGGAAAUGUUCCAUUCCUGGAAGAAAAUAUUCUCUGGAUCAGAGAUACCAGUUGAAUAAAAAGGCAUUGCAUUGCAGAGCUACUUUCCCAUAUAAUGUUGGCGAUCUGCUACGAUUUCUACCCUUUAUCCUUUCCCUCAUUUGUUCUCUGAAUCCUUGCAUGGCGCGGUUUACCAAAAUGGGCUAAGAUAAUUUAUUACCGUAUACCCUGGAGGCUGGUCUCUUUCUUCUGCUACCCUUUAGCCCUUGCGCUGUUUGAAUUUUCUGCUCCGUUUGAUUGAAGGCUGGAGUAUGCCUGUUGACGGAGUAAAUGCGGAUCCAUUGUGUGUGGUCCCGUAUGACAUGAAUGAUACGCUAGAUGCAUUGACAUGGACGUGUAUAUUAGCGAGACAUGGUUGAUCUAAGCAUGCUUUGAAUUGAGUUUUCUUAGAGACUUUUGACCUAUGAAUUUUUAUUCUAUCAUGA